GUAUUUUGUUGGUAUUCUGAAAAACUCCUACUUCGCAUCACCCAGCUGACAAAGCCGGUCUGCAUUUAACCACCAUUUGGACAAUUUUACGGACAUUGUGUUAUCUUUAAGCGGUUGGUGAGUUCGCAACAGAGUGUAACGAUGUCUGGAGAAAUAUCUAUGAUUGGUUCCGUUAUCUUGGCCCUCUUUCUGGCUGGAUACCUGGGUCAGCAGUACUUGCCGCCUCCCAAGCCGAAAGUGAUCGGCCUGGAUCUGGGCACCACCUUCUGCUCUGUCGGCGUCUUCCAUCCUGGCAGCGGGGAGGUGGAGGUGAUCGCGGAUGAAGAGGGCAGGAAGAGCAUCCCCAGCGCCGUGUCCUUCACCACCACUGCGGUGCUGUCCGGGCAUGAAGCCGUGGAGCUGGCCGACAGCAACCAUCAAAACACCAUCUACGAUGCCAAGAGGUUCAUCGGGAAGAUAUUUGAGCCGGAAGUCCUGGAGCAGGAGAGUGCUCGGUACCCGUUCAAGGUGAUAAACAAUAACGGAAGUGCAGAGUUUCUGAUCUCCACCAACCACACCUUCACUGUGAGCCCAGAGUUCAUCGGCUCCAGGCUGCUGCUGAAGAUGAAGAAGAUGGCCGAGCGGCAGCUGGACGUGCCCAUCCAGAGAGCCGUCAUCUCUGUGCCCGCUGAGUUUGACGAGAGACAGAGGAACUACACCGUGAGGGCUGCAAACCUUGCCGGCCUGGAGGUCCUGCGUGUGAUCAACGAGCCCACAGCUGCAGCCAUGGCGUACGGCCUGCACAAGGUGGAUGUGUUCAACGUGCUGGUGGUGGACCUCGGGGGAGGAACCCUGGACGUUUCUCUGCUCAACAAACAGGGAGGCAUGUUCCUCACCAGAGCCAUGGCAGGCAAUAACAAGCUGGGAGGUCAAGACUUCAGCCAGAGGUUGCUGCAGUACGCCAUAGAGCGAGCCCAGCAGGAGUUUGGUGUCCCGCCCACUCUCAAAGAGGACAUCCACCGUCUCCGUCAGGCCGUGGAAGCCGCCAAGCUCAACCUCACCCUCAACCCCAGCAUCACCAUCAGCGUCCCCCUGCACCUGCACACCCACGACAGCCAGGAGUCGCCCGAAGGCUUUGCUCCUGCUCCGGUUCUCUUCCAGACUGUGAUCACACGGGAUCUGUUUGAGGAGCUCAACGAGGACCUCUUCCAGAAGAUCCUGGCCCCCGUGGAGACCGUGUUAGCCGAGGGCCACCUGGAGAAACAGGAAGUGGACGAGAUCGUCCUGGUGGGAGGCUCCACCAGGAUACCGCGGAUCAGGAGGCUGAUCAGCGAGUACUUUGGGAAGGAGCCCAACACGUCGGUGGACCCAGACCUGGCUGUGGUCACAGGGGUCGCCAUCCAGGCCGGCAUCAUGGGCGGAUCGUGGCCUCUGCAAGUGAGCGCCAUUGAAAUCCCCAACAGACACCUGCGCAAGACGAACUUAGCUAAUCAAAGUUAUUUAUGUAAAAGAUAAAAGGAAAGCCUCAAAGACUUCAAAGCUGUUUCAUGCUUUUCUUAUGUGCGUCAUUUCAAACCUGCGGAAGUGAGAGAAACACAGUCACAUGGAGGAGGAUAAACUCAGGUUUUUACUCAACUCAUUGUUCCGGUUUGUGCGAGUGACUCAUUUCACAACUUACCAUUCCUCUUGGACGGAUUGAAGCUGAUAGCAUCUGCAGAAGUGAACAGUCUGUUUUUUUUUUUAAAAGUGACAGAUCCUUUUAUUUUGCACAAAGCUUCAGCAGAAAGAAACAGCGAUACUGAUAAUGAAAAUGUGAAUGAGAAUCCUCUCGGUAGAAGCUUUCAUGGUGUUCAAUUCAGGGAACAACCUUUCUAAAGGACUUAGCCAAUACAUCUUCUGCUAUUUAUGUAUUUAUUCACAUAUUUAUUUGUAUGUGUUCCUGUUCAGAAAGCUGCUAUACUGUUUGAAGUGAAGCGUGGAGGAGUAACACUGAAAGCUAGUGGUUCUGCCGUCCAGCUCCCUGCAGUGUUUGGAGUCCUGAGAAAGACCUUACUUGAAUAAUUAAUUUCAAACCUAUUCACUGCAAUGUAAUAUGGAUUAAUAACCUCGAUACUGAGUAGUCGGGGUUGACUCAACUAAUAACUAAUGAGGCUGUAAAAGAGAAAGCCUUACUAUUCAAACAGUACCGUAGAAUCUCAUAUCUUUAGCACCACCUCUCGCUCAGUGCUGCACCGUGGGCUCCUCCACUUGUUGACCAACUUUUCUGUGCAAUAGUGAGUCAUUUUGUUGGCAGGGACUUAUAUUUGUGCUGCUGUUAGAAGCUAAACAGCAGCCUGCUUCUGCUGCUUUAGGUAGAGAAAGUUAACAGUCCUGCAGGACGACCAACGCUUUGCUUACCGGUGCCUUGUGGAUUUGAAAAACGUGUCGAGUCAGGUGGAUGUUUGAUGGACGCGAUGAAGGGGUUCUGUUGUUACGGCACCUUAAAUUGGACAGAAUUGUAUUGAAUCGUUGAGUUUGCUCUUUUUCUGGUGGGUUGUCAGCUGGUCACUGAAAAUCCAGUAUUGUCCAUUGUGACCAUUUCCAACCAAGAACUUAGUUUACCUUCAUUCCUUUAAAAAAGUAUUACAACUCAACUCUGCCUAAUGUCAUUCAUGAAACAGUGCAUUUAUUAUAUCUACUUGUUUUUCUUUAUUUGUUGUAUUUCUCAUGUUGAAACUAAGAUCUUGAUUUAAUAGAGCCUUUUAUUACAGAUAAAGCAGAUUUAAGGGUAUUGCCUUUGAUACUGUACAUAUCGUUAUUGGUCCCUUGUUGAAAGAGGGAGAAAUCAUGUGACUAAGAUCUAUUUUUGUAUGUCGUCUCACUGAAGUCCAGCCAAUUAAACAUUGACAAAGAAGUUUGAGUUGUUACAAGCUGCAAUUAAAAUGUUAUCCCUUCGCUAA